AUGUCCACUGCCAUGUCCAUACAUGGCAGUUUUAUCGCGGGCGUACAAGUCUAUGAGGUGACAUCGAACAACUCGGAUGAGUUCCCAAAGUAA